AUGGCGUCUAAAUCAAAGAAAAAAAAUAUUCCUAAAAGUAUUAAAGACAUGAGCAAAGAAGAACUUCAGGAAACAUUGGAGAAAAAGAAAAAACAAAAUGCUAAAGCUCAAAAAAUAGUCGAAAUGCUCUGCGAGUUAAAAAUUGAUGAACAAUGGUUUUUAGAUAAUCACAUCAAUCAAUCACAUUUUGAAGAUGUAACAAUCGAACGUAGCAUUUCAAAAAUAUGUGGUUACCCACUCUGUGAUAAUGAAUUAAAAAAUAUCUUGACUCAACAAUUUCAUAUUUCGACUAAGUAUAAUAGAGUUUUCGAUAUUACCCAAAGAAAAAAUUUCUGUUCUUCUUUAUGUUACAAAUCUGCAAUGUUUGUUAAAAAUCAAUUAUUCACAAGUCCUUUGUGGUUUAGAGAUCAAGAAUUGAUUCCAACUUACACAUUAAUGAAAUCUGCUAACUGUGAUAAUGAAAAAAAAAUGGCUCCAACAAAUUCAAAUCGUGAGGAUAAUUUUAAACUUAACAUAAAUUUAAGUAAUUUAACCAUUAAUGAUUUUUCUCCAUUAAAUGAAUCACAGUCGACGGUGGAUAAAAUACCUAGUACUAGUUUUAAUGCAAAAUGUGAUGAUGAAAUUUAUGCGAAAAAAGAGUGCGAGACAAAAGAACCUGUUCAAAUUUCAAAACAUUCAAAUACUGUCAAGGUAAAAAACUCAUCAGACACCUUCGGUAUUGUAAUUAAAGAAAAUAUAAAUGUUUUGAAUAAUGUUGAAACUGAUAAAGAAUUAAAUGAUUCUAAUAUCCCAAAAGUUUUAAGUAAGGAUAACAACAAUUUAGACAAUAAUGUUUUGUCUAAUGUAAAAGAAACAAAUUUGAAUUAUAAUGAAAGUCGUCAAUUAGAGGACACUAGAAAUUGUAUGACAGGUAUUGAAAAAGUAGAAGCCACCAUGUUUGAAUGGUUUACCAUUGACACAUUCUUUUUUUUGCACAGUGAAAAAAAACUAAAAGAAUUAUUUCACAAUAAUUAUGAUAACCUGAAAGAAAUUUUGAAUUCGAAACUUUCUAAAACGACAUCGACUGAAAAAAUUGAAAAAAUAAUAAAAUUGUAUGGAUUACUCGAAACUGAUGUGUUUAAUGAUGAAUUGACGAAAACAAAUUUAAAACCAUUGCCAGAUUAUUCAGCUCUGCAAGAAGAGGGAGAAUUUCAAAUAGGAAAAUCAUUAAAAGGCAAUGAUGAUGAUGAUGAUGAUGAUGAUAAUGGAAAUAAGAAAGAUGUAACGGAAGAAACCAGUAAUAGUGUUUACUUACCUUUGAUUGAUUCUCAAUCACAAAAUACAUUAAGGCAGAAUAUUUUACUGUCAAAACUUAAUAAAAUAUUGCCAGAAAUCUUCAGAUUAUUUUCUACUGAAUACACAUUACCUAUGAAUGAAAUAAAAAAAAUGAUUACAACAUUUAAAUUAUCUCCUCAUAAUAUUACAUUUAAACCGAUUGAAUGGAAUUUAAUAGGAAUUAUUUUACUGAAACUAUUUUCUAUAAAAGAUAAAUGUAUUUACUCAAUUUUAACACUGGACUCCUCACAAAUUCAACUGAACAUUUUUUUAGAAAAUUUUUAUUUAAAAACUGAUUAUUUAGAAACACUUAUUAGUAAAUUAACAAAUACCAAUAACGUAUUGGAAAGUUUAAAGUGA